AUGGCGGCCUGGGAUAGUAGCAAUGGCCAAAGCUAUGCCGAUUUCGAGGAGUUGAGGCAAGUCUAUCGACGCCACAACCUGGUCGGCUGCCUACGGCGGUGGCACCAGGGGGACGCGCCGGGGGAGUCAUGGGGCUUGAUCGCCAGCCUCACCGUACCGUGCGACGUCAUCCUCGUCGAUGAUGACGAGGAAUUCCGCGAGGGCCAGAUGGUUUCCUUCAAUGUCGAAGUGGAG